GGUAGGUACAUACCUACCUACAUAGUUAAGUGGGCACAUAAAUUGCUUCGAAGUGUAUCAGUGAGAAAUUGAUGAACAUACAUUUGAGAAUAUUUAUAAACAGCUAGUUUACUGAGCCGAAAUGUUGAUUAAAGCUUAAAAUAUACUGAAAUCAUAAUCAAUAUACAGUAAUUCCCAUUUGUCCUGAUUUUUGUUUGGACUUUAUCUAGAUUAUGAGUUAUCAGGACGAUCCAAAUUGUUAUGUGGGGUCGUUCCCCAAAGAUUUUACCUAUGGACCUUUCGAGCAAAAUGGAGAUGGCGAUAGUUCUUCUCUUCAAGACGAUCACAAACCACGAAUCCUUUUAAUGGGCCUUAGAAGGUCUGGAAAAUCAUCAAUUCAAAAAGUUGUAUUUCACAAGAUGUCUCCAAAUGAGACAUUGUUUUUAGAAUCUACAAAUCAAAUUGUUAAAGACGACAUUAAUAACAGCAGUUUUGUACAAUUUCAAAUAUGGGACUUUCCCGGGCAGAUAGACUUCUUUGACCCUACAUUUGAUUCUGACACCAUAUUUGGUGGAUGUGGAGCUCUUGUCUUUGUAAUUGAUGCGCAGGAUGAUUAUCAAGAUGCUUUGGAUAAAUUACAACUUACUGUCACUAAAGCCUACAGAGUGAAUAGUAAUAUUAAAUUUGAGGUGUUCAUACAUAAAGUUGAUGGUCUCAAUGAUGAUUACAAAAUGGAAUCUCAAAGGGAUAUACACCACCGGGCCACUGAUGAUCUUGCAGAAGCUGGUCUCCAUCAUGUACAUCUAUCCUUCCAUCUUACAAGCAUAUAUGACCAUUCAAUAUUUGAAGCAUUUAGCAAAGUAGUCCAAAAGCUAAUACCUCAGUUGCCUACAUUAGAAAAUCUUUUAAAUAUACUGAUAUCUAACUCCGGAAUAGAAAAGGCAUUCCUAUUUGAUGUAGUAUCAAAGAUUUAUAUAGCCACUGACAGUUCACCAGUAGAUAUGCAAAGCUAUGAGCUUUGCUGUGAUAUGAUUGAUGUCGUAAUUGAUAUAUCUUGUAUUUAUGGCAUGGUGGAUGAAACUGAAACAAAUACGUUCAACAAUGAAAGUUCGAGUUUGAUAAAACUAAACAAUGGUACUGUACUAUAUCUACGAGAGGUCAACAAAUUCUUGGCAUUGGUUUGCAUUCUCAGGGAAGAAAAUUUCCAAAAACAAGGUGUGAUCGAUUACAAUUUCUUAUGUUUCCGGCAUGCUAUUACGCAAGUCUUUGAACUUCGUAAUAAAUGUCAAAGUUCUGGAACUGACAGAAGAAGAUCGGGUACUCCAGAUGCUGUUCCAAACGGUGCUGCAGAUUCCACUGAGAGUACUUCAGAUCAUUCACAGCCUCAGUUAGCAUAAUACACUUAUACUGUAAAUAGAUAUAUUUAAAAUACUUUUAUUGCAAAUUUAUUAAAUUGUGAUACCUACAAUAAAUGAAUAAAAUUAA